AUGGUCGUCAAACUCGACUCCCCUCAACCCGACAUCUCGCUGCCUGGCGGCGACAUCCCAGACGAAGACGAGGAUCGCCCGACGACGGCCCUUCGCUUCACUGUCGGCCCCCUUGGCCUCUCGGAGAUUGUCUUCGGUGCGGCCGCACUAUCCACGAUCUACAACAAGGACGAGCACAUCAGCAGCUUCACGCCCGUGCGCACGGUUCGGCUGGCCCUGCGCUACGGCGUGAACGCGUUCGACACGUCCGCCUACUACGGCGAGUCCGAGAUUGUGCUGGGCACCGCGCUCAAGGCGCUCGAGCCCGACUUCCCGCGCUCCUCGUACAAGCUGGUGCGGACGACCCAGCCCCGUUUCCCGAGAUUGUCGGACACGACGUCAUUCACGCUUCUUUCUACCCGUCUAGAUGACCAAAUGCGGCCGCUACGGCACCCCCGCGCAGACUUUGACUACUCGCCCGCCACCCUCCGCGCCAGCGUCCAGCGCAGCCUCAAGCGGCUCAACACCACCUACCUCGACGCCGUCUACCUCCACGACACCGAGUUCGUCGCCACCCAGGUCGGCCCCCACGAGGACGGGCACCCCACGGACGCGUUGAAGCCGGAGAACCUCGAGAAGUAUGGGCUCGCGGACGGCCAGGAGAGCAAGGUCUGGGGAGAGGGCGACCAGCUCAUCCUCGACGGCCUCGCGGAACUGCAGAAGAUGAAGGACGAGGGGAUCGUCAAGGCCAUCGGCAUCACCGGCUAUCCGCUUCCGACCCUCCUCCGUCUGGCACUGCUCGUACUGCACACCGCGCCGUACAAACCGCUCGACGUGCUCCUCUCCUACUCGCAGCUCACCCUCCAGAACAGCGCGUUCGCCGACUUCGCGCCGCACCUCCUCGAGCGCGCCCGCGUCGGGCAGCUGCUCACCGCGUCUCCGCUCAACAUGGGCCUCCUCACGCCGACACCGCCCAAGUGGCACCCCGCGCCCACAGAGCUGAAGGACGCGGUGAAGAAAGUCGCGGAGGCGUGCUCGGGUUGGGACGGCGGGUUGGUGAACGUCGCGGUGGGCUAUGGGUACCGGAAGGCAGCCGAACUGGACGUGCCGAUGGUCGCUGGUCUGAGCUACCCGCGUGAGGUGCAUGAGAGCAUGCACGCGUGGCGCGACUUGAAGGGGAGCCAGGAGAAGCGGAUAGCGCAGGAGGACAAGGCCUUCGAAAUAUUCGAUGGAUACCUGGGAUGGUCGUGGGCUUCCCCUCCCGAUAACUUGUUGUAA